AUGGAUCGUGUAAUUAAAAUCAAUUGGGAGUUAAUCUCUAGUGAUAAGGAGUUGAAAAAAACUAUAUUGGACUGGUGUGAGAAGAACUCGGAAUUCGAUAUUGAACGACGUGACAUUCUUAGAUUGUUGGACCGACAUUCACUCAAGCCAAAAACAAUACAUACCGAUGAACAGUGUAGUCUUUACAUGCUAGAAGUACAAUUACCGGGAAAAGAUUUCUAUGGAAUAGAUACUCAUUGGAACCUAACAUUCGGGUUCUCUGACUGUGGUCAUCUCAUCCUCUUCGAAACCAAUCGUAUCUACAACCAACUAACUCCUCAAUUCUACGAUAACUUUUUAAAGAAAGAUUUAGAAUGUAGUAUUGCACAUUAA